UAUCAAGCGAAGUUAUGGGAUCCAUGUCCGCGAGAUCCUCUCGGUGAAGUGGACACGGGCACAAGGCGCCAGUUUUUUUGCGUGGAUCAAACGGAUGCUCGAAAACCACAAUCACAUGAUUUACGUGAGUUGCUCGAUCCGGGUGUCGCAGACUGAUACACUGAUCGUCAUCGAGCGCCACGCAGAACGACACUGGUCUAUCGUCCUUCGAGUCCGUCUGCAGCAACAUCUACACCAACUUUUUGUUGACCGCCAUGAAAACCGUUCACUAUCUCGGAGAGCUAGACCAUGGGCUAGGCGUCAACGACCAGUUCAUCUACAACGCCAUCGAUGCUGCCGUGUCGCACACGGCGAAUGCUAAUCGGGCCCAUAUCAAGUCAUAUGUUGGUACUUUGCAAGCUGCUCGGUGCGACGUCCCCAACAAUACCUUUGUCUGGAUCGCCAAACACGCCUUUGCGCGGAUCAUGCGCGAAAAGGGGGACAAGUGGGAGACCGUUCGGACCGUGCUCGAGGAAGACUUGCGGCAUCACCGUUGCGUCCACCUGAACAAGGACAGGCGACUAAGAAAGAUCAUGCGCCAGACGUGGGAAGACGUUUCCAAGGUGACCUUCUGAUCGAAAGUUCCGGAUUUCGAGAGUAAAUGAGUGUGGUGAAUAGAGGU